AUGCGCAGCCCCAUUCUCGCACUAGCAGCGGCGUCGGUCAUCGUCCUGGUGCAAGCCGCCCCGCAGCUCGCCGCGUCGACCUCACCCGCGCUAAUGACGACCACCACCCGCGCCUCGUCCGUCACCGCCGCACCACCGCGGUCAACAACAACAGUGACCCGCCUCGCGCUAAUCUCCGGCGCGACCUACGAGCGCCGCGAGCUGCGCGCGCUCGACGCGCUGAGGGCACGCCAGCACGGCCUGCUCGCGGCCGCCAUCGUCCCGUGCCUCCUACUAUCCCUCUUCGUCCUCCCCCUCGUCCUCGUCAAAGUGAGGACAUAUCGCCGCGCCACGCGCGACAUGCUCGCCAACGCGCCGCCGGAGGACAUCAACCGCACGUGGGUGCGCAAGUCGUCCAUGUCGUCCAUGGCGACGGCGACGGCGGCGCUCGCCACGGCGCCGCUGCUCGCCAAGCCCGUGGCCGCGGCCCCCGUCGCGACGAUCACGGCGACGCGCACCAUCUCGCCCGACAUGUCCGAGGCGUUCUUCUCCGCCCUGUACGCGCCCGACAGGCAGGCGGCACAGAGGGUGAUUAACAGCUGUACUAUCGCUGCGCCGAUCGGCGCGGGCGUGCCGAUUGUCAUCAUGGCUGGGGUGGUGGUGCACGCAUACCUCGAGCACAGGCGCGCACUGCGACUCAUUGAGAGCCGCAAGGUCGAGUACUGGGGUGUCAAUACGCAGAUGAUGACGUAG